GACUUGUUAGCAUGUUUCUCUAUUGUGCCGAGUUGAACUAUUUUGAAGCAAUGACCUUGGGACUCCUUGGCAAUAAUGGGAGCAGGCUGUGCCCCUGCCCCCGACAAAGCACAAAGUACAUCCUUGUUAAAUGCAUCUGCCCAAUGUGUGUGGAAGUAAAAUCUAAACCAAAAUAGUGGUGCAUCGGUAUUACAGUUCUAGGACUAUGCUUCCUUUAGUAACUGUUGUCAGCAAGUGCCAGUGUAUUUAAAUGAAACCCCUGCUGUGGUGCCAUUACCAUUCCACCACAAAGGGUGCACCCUGCCGUGGGACUGGAGGUGAAAUCGUUCAAAAAGCUUCACGCUGCAGUAUCUCUUAUGGCUUCGAGGUCCUUUGGUCUCGCCCCCUCCUUGAAGUUGUCGUUGUGGGGAUCUAGUGCAGCAACUCCAUCCUCCAGGAGAAACGUCAACGUGCCUACAUGGAUGACAAAAAGAGCUGAUGAGGACAGUGGCUGUGACAGUGAGAUUGUAAAUAGUAUGUAUGAGACAGACCCUGAUCUCCUGGCUGGUGAGAGUGCAGAGGAGGAAACAGAGGACAGUAUUAUGUCCCCUAUCCCCGUCGGACCUCCAUCACCUUUUCCUACCAGUGAGGACUUCACCCCCAAGGAAGGCUCACCUUAUGAAGCUCCCGUCUACAUUCCUGAUGACAUUCCAAUCCCGCCAGACUUUGAACUCAGAGAAUCCUCGAUUCCAGGGGCAGGGCUGGGGAUUUGGGCCAAAAAGAAGAUUGAAGUUGGGGAAAGAUUUGGACCUUACAUGACAAUACCAAGGACCACGUUAAAGGAAACAAACUUUGGAUGGGAGCAAGUACUGACUGAUCCUGAGGUGGCAUCCCAAGAGGGCUGUAUAAAAAAGAUCGCUGACGACCUGGGAAAUGAGAAAUUCUGUGCUGAUGCUAAUCAGACUGGCGCUGGAAAUUGGCUGAAAUACAUCCGGGUGGCCUGUUCUUGUGAUGAACAAAAUCUAGCUGUAUGUCCCGUUAAUGACCAGAUCUAUUAUAAAGUUAUUAAAGAAAUUGAACCAGGAGAAGAACUGCUGGUGUAUAUGAAGGAAGGUGCCUAUUCUCUUGGGAACAUGCCACCUAGUCUGGAAGAAGAGCACACAUUUCGUUGUGAGGACUGCGAUGAGCUCUUCCAGUCGAAGCUGGACCUGCGGCGACACAAGAAAUAUGCCUGCAACUCUGUCAGCUCGCUGUAUGAGACACUGAAUGAGGAGCUCAAACAGGAAGGGUUAGGCGACGGGCAGGUCUAUGAGUGCAAAGACUGUGAGAGAAUGUUCCCCAGUAAAUACAGCUUGGAGCAGCACAUGAUAAUCCACACUGAGGAGAGGGAGUACAAGUGUGACCAAUGUCCAAAGGCUUUCAACUGGAAAUCAAACCUGAUUCGUCACCAGAUGUCACAUGACAGUGGCAAACGAUUUGAAUGUGAAAACUGUGUGAAGGUGUUUACUGACCCCAGCAACCUCCAGCGGCACAUCCGUUCCCAGCACGUUGGCGCGCGAGCCCAUGCCUGCCCGGACUGUGGCAAAACCUUUGCCACCUCGUCUGGCCUCAAACAACACAAGCACAUUCACAGUACUGUCAAACCUUUCAUAUGUGAGGUCUGCCACAAAUCCUACACGCAGUUCUCCAACCUCUGCCGCCACAAGCGGAUGCACGCGGACUGUCGCACCCAGAUCAAAUGCAAGGACUGCGGCCAGAUGUUUAGCACUACCUCCUCUCUCAACAAGCACCGGCGCUUCUGCGAGGGCAAGAACCAUUACAACCCAGGGGGGAUUUUUGCCCCUGGCCUACCUUUAACGCCCACCUCCCUGAUGGACAAAUCUAAACCCUCACCCAACCUCAACCAUGCCAGCCUGGGAUUCAAUGAUUAUUUUCCAUCCCGACCUCACCCAGGGGGUAUUCCAUUCUCGCCUGCUCCCCCAGCAUUUCCUGCCCUUACUCCAGGAUUCCCAGGGAUUUUUCCUCCCUCUCUAUACCCCAGGCCCCCUUUGUUGCCUCCCACCCCGCUGCUCAAGAGUCCCCUCAACCACACCCAAGACGCAAAGCUUCCAAGCCCCCUGGGGAACCCGGCACUGCCUCUGAUUUCUGCAGUGAGCAACAGCAACCAGCCCAUCUCAGGGGAGGAGAAAUUUGAAAGCAGCUUGGAAAACUCCUACUUGGACAAGCUAAAAGCCAGGAACAGCGACAUGUCUGAUGGGAGCGACUUCGAGGAUGUCAACACGACCACAGGCACAGACCUCGAUACCACCACUGGCACUGGCUCUGACCUGGAGAGCGAUGCAGAGAGUGACAGGGACAAAAUGAAAGACAAAAGCAAACAGACUGAGAACAAGCCAGAUUUUGUCAGCAGUUCUGUGUCCACCAGUUCCACCAACAAUGUGAACGAGCUCCCCCUUUUCUAUUCUCAGCACUCCUUCUUCCCUCCCCCAGAAGAGCAGCUGCUCCCCACGACGGGGGCAGCCAAUGACUCCAUAAAAGCGAUUGCCUCCAUUGCAGAGAAAUAUUUCGGCCCUGGCUUUAUGGGGAUGCAGGAGAAGAAGAUAGGUUCCCUCCCAUAUCACUCCAUGUUCCCAUUUCAGUUCCUCCCCAAUUUUCCCCAUUCACUGUAUCCUUUUACGGACCGGACCCUCAAUCACAACUUGCUGGUCAAGGCAGAACCAAAGUCACCCAGGGACCUUCACAAAGUGGGUAGCACCAGCUCAGAAUCGCCCUUUGAUCUCACCACAAAACCAAAAGAGAUUAAGCCAAUCUUGCCACCACCCAAGGUCUUGCCGGCCCCAUCUUCUGGGGAGGAACAGCCACUGGAUCUAAGCAUCGGCAACCGCAUCCGAGCCAGCCAGAACGGAGGGAGGGAGCCCCGAAAAAACCACAUCUAUGGGGAAAGGAAACUAAUGGCCAGUGAAGUACUACCCAAGAUUUCUCAGUCUCAGCUCUCUCAGCAGCCAUCCCUGCAUUAUGCUAAGCCAUCACCCUUUUUCAUGGACCCCAUAUACAGGGUGGAGAAGCGGAAGGUGACAGACCCAGUGGGUGCCCUAAAGGAGAAGUACUUGCGACCUUCCCCACUGCUUUUUCACCCACAGAUGUCAGCCAUAGAAACCAUGACAGAGAAACUGGAGAGUUUUGCAGCCAUGAAAGCAGACACUGGCACAUCCCUGCAGCCCCUCCCGCAUCACUCCUUCAACUUCCGGUCCCCGCCCCCUACGCUGUCAGACCCCAUCCUGCGCAAGGGCAAGGAGCGCUAUACCUGCAGGUACUGUGGUAAGAUCUUCCCCCGGUCAGCGAAUCUGACAAGGCAUCUUCGGACACACACAGGAGAACAACCGUACAGGUGUAAAUACUGUGACAGGUCAUUCAGCAUUUCCUCUAACCUCCAGCGGCACGUUCGAAACAUCCAUAACAAGGAGAAGCCAUUCAAAUGUCACCUGUGUAACCGAUGCUUUGGGCAGCAGACCAACUUGGACCGACACCUUAAGAAGCAUGAACAUGAGAAUGUGCCAGUGAGCCAGCACUCUGGAGUCAUUACUAACCACCUUGGGACCAGUGCCUCCUCCCCAAACUCGGAGCCAGACAACCAUGCACUUUUAGACGAGAAAGAGGACUCGUAUUUCUCUGAAAUCAGAAAUUUUAUUGCAAAUAGCGAGAUGAAUCAAGCAUCAACUUUAACAGAUAAAAGGCCAGAAAUCCAAGACAUUGAUAGCAACUCCCAGUGUCAUGGGUUAGCAAAUGAGAAACCAGAAGAUGUGGAUGAGGAGGAGGAAGAAUUGGAGGAGGAAGAUGACGACAGCUUGACAGGGAAGUCACAGGAUGAAACAGUAUCACCCACGACGGAGCCCCAAGGAACGUUUGAGGAUGAGGAGGAUGAAGAGCCCACAUCCCUCACCAUGAGCUUUGACCAUACCCGAAGGUGUAUUGAGGAGGACGAAGCCGGCUUGUUAGAUUUGGAGCAGAUGCCGAAUUUUGGGAAGGGGCUGGAUCUUCGCAAAGCAGCCGAGGAAGCAUUUGAAGUUAAAGAUGUGUUUAAUUCCACCUUAGACUCUGAGACAAUAAAACAGACUCUGUACAGGCAGGCUAAAAACCAGGCUUAUGCAAUGAUGCUGUCCCUUUCUGAGAACACUCCCCUUCACACUUCUUCCCAGAAUUCUCUGGAUGCUUGGUUGAACAUGGCAGGAGCAGCCUCAGAGUCGGGGACCUUUAAUCCCAUCAACCAUCUCUGACGGGUCGAGAAGGCACUGGUUCAGAGUCCGAGUGAGGAGGUGUUGAUGCUGUGACUGCCCUAU